AGUGCACUCUGCAAUUUCCAGGUGCUGUCUGAAGAUUUCUCUCAGUGGCCACUCUGUCCAUGCAAUGCACCAAAUGUGACACAGAGGAGAAAGUCCAGACUACGAAUCCUCUCAUCCUGAGCCCAGACUGCCUCUAUUGAGUUUUGAGCCGUGGGGAACAUAACACAAGUUGUUCACUGCUGGGUAAAACAUGGCUGCUGACCUUUUGUUACUGAGACACAAAAGAAGACACAGGACUCCGAUGUUCUGUUCUGGAUCAUCUUGAGGAGAAUGGUGUUGGCUUGGCGCAACUGUCUGAUGUUGAGGUGCAAAAGGGUUGUGGCUCAGAGGGCCUGGGCCAGCAUGCUGUUCCAGAACCGCAAAGUACAGCUAUUGUUGAUCAAUUCCCUAACGUUUGGCUUGGAAGUCUGUCUGGCUGCAGGCAUCACCUAUGUGCCACCACUCUUGUUGGAAGUGGGAGUGGAAGAGAAAUUCAUGACCAUGGUUCUGGGGAUUGGGCCAGUUCUAGGCCUACUGUUUGUGCCACUCAUUGGCUCCGCCAGCGAUCACUGGCAGAGUAGCUAUGGCCGCCGCCGCCCCUUCAUCUGGGUCCUGUGUCUGGGAGUUCUACUGAGCCUUCUGAUCAUCCCUCAUGCUCAUCGUCUGGCCAGCCUUAUUGCCUUGGAUACCCGCUCCCUGGAAUUGGCCUUCCUUAUCAUGGGCAUUGGUCUGCUUGACUUCUGUGGCCAGGUCUGCUUCACCCCACUGGAAGCCCUUCUCUCUGAUCUCUUCCAGGACCCUGACAACUGUCGGCAGGCGUUCUCUAUGUAUUCCCUCAUGGUUAGCCUGGGAGGCUGCAUUGGGUACCUGCUACCAGCAAUUGACUGGGACAGCAGCUUCCUGGCUCCUUACCUGGGGGGACAGGAGGAAUGUCUCUUCAGCCUCCUCACCAUAAUCUUUCUCAGCUCUGUCUUGGCCACUGCCUUUGUGACUGAAGAGGUGGCAGCUCAGGUAGAUGUUCUGGGCAGCCCUGCAAUGAAGGAUUCCUCCAAGCCCCCACCCAUUGGCUGCUGCUCUUUCUGGCUUCCAAAGAGCUUUUUGAGGGCCAGGCAUCUGGUCCAAGCUUUUAGGAACCUUUGUGGCUUGGCCCCACGCCUGCAUGGAAUCUGCUGCCGCAUCCCCAAGGUAAUCCGGCAGCUGUUUGUGGCUGAGCUGUGCAGCUGGAUGGCCCUCAUGACGUUCAUGCUAUUCUACACGGACUUUAUUGGGGAAGGACUCUACCAGGGAGUUCCCAGAGCUGAGCCAGGCACGGAAGCCAGACGGCACUAUGAUGAAGGAAUUCGAAUGGGUAGCCUGGGCCUCUUUCUCCAGUGCAUCAUCUCCAUCUUCUUCUCUACAAUCAUGGACCGGAUGGUGAAACAGUUUGGGACACGAAUCGUCUACCUAGCCAGUGUGGCCUUAUUCCCAUUGACUGCCUUCAUCAUGUGCUUCUCUCAGAGCAUCGUCAUAGUCACUGUUUCUGCUGCCCUGACAGGCUUUCCAUUCUCAGUGCUGCAGAUCCUGCCGUACACACUGGCGUCGCUUUAUCAUCAUGAAAAACAGAUAUAUUUACCUAAGCAUAAAAGCAAAGAAGAAGAUUCAGUUCAACUAGACAAGAAGCAAAGCUUUCUCAAAGGCCAGCUUUCUGGCCAGAAACUGACCUACCAGAAUGGACGCGGAGGAGGCCUCUUCUCACCCCCUGUUGCUGGUUCUUCCCUCUGCGUUGGCUCACCCUGUGAGGUCUCGCUCAUGAUGAUGGUGGGAGAUUCGGACACCGCAGCUGCUAGCCGGGGCAUCUGUUCAGACCUGGCCAUCUUGGACAGUGCAUUCCUCCUUUCACAGGUCAUCCCAUCCCUCCUCAUGGGCUCGCUUGUUCAGUUUACACAGUCAGUCACUGCUUAUAUGGCAUCUGCUACCGGCUUUGGGUUGGUGGCCAUUUACUUUGCAACCAAAGUGACCUUUGACAAAAACGACAUGGCCAAAUAUUCAGUGUAGGAGGAGGAGGAGGGCUGUGGCGAAAAUUGAUGCACAUUGAAAUGGAUAAUGGAGAAUGGUCAGUAGUGCACGUAUUGCCUCUUCCUCUCUUCUGGGUUGUGUUUUAAUGAGAUGUGCAAAAACUCUCUGGCUGAAGGGGGCAAAAAUGCUGGGCUAAUCUCAGGGUAUCUAAUGACAGGGAGUCUGGUUAUGUUAUUCUUUGUUUCUCCCUGAUGCCUUCAUCAAAGUGCCUCUGCACCGAUGCCUGCAAAAGAGGCUUGCAGGUUUGAAAAGUAAAGGACCAUGCUUUCUAAAACCGGGUACUUACUUUGAUAGCUUUGUCAGAUUAUGUGGGAGGAUAAAGGACCAAAGAUGGCUCACUUCAUCACUUCUUUGUUUGUGUGUGUUUUUAAACAUUGCUGCCGGUCGAUCUUCACAUUGGGCUGUAAGUCAUGCCCGUGCGGCAUCAGCUUUUCCUGUCUUGAUGUGAACCAGAAUAUACAUGGGAAGGAGAUUGUGAAUUGGCACAUCUGUGCUUUUUUGAAGGGCUUUAGGAACAAUCCGCUCCCUUUCCCCAUUCCAGAUGUGUCACAGGUCACGAUCGAGGUGGUAUGAAUAUGCUCAGCAGAGCUACAUAGGAGCAGGGCUUGUUUAGCAGAGGAUGCUGUGGUUGAACUGGCGGCAACUCCGCAGUGGCAUGACGGAAAUGAAAAUCCUGGUCAUCAUCUGAUACUUUCCCCCACUCAUGCCCUAAACAGAGCUUGCAGUUAGUGCAAACAGGGAGGCUCGCGUAAACAUCAGUCGGCUGAAGAACAUGUCUCUCUGGGGAUUUGGCUUUAAGUGAUGGACUGGCACAAACAAAUCACAGUGCCUUUCACUGUGUGCAGUCCUAAAUAGGAGGCACAGUGUGGCAGCAGGGUAAAAAUGCUUGCAUUUCUGCUGCCUUUCCUGCUAUAAGGAGGUGACGUGGCCAGCCGCCCUGUGCUCAAGGGCUCUACAGAAAAACCAAGGAUGUUUCUGUAUACCACAAGGCCGGCUGCAAGCUGCACUUUUCCCCCAAUGUGUGAUCCAGCCUUUCUGCCACCCAGAUAGAGCAGAGGUGCUCCCUGUGCCAGGCAAGCUUUGCAAAGUGAACUCCUCUCUCAGAGAGAAAAAAUGUUUUCGGUAUAAAGCAUAUUUUUAAUGAGCCAUAUAGCUUGUGGCUAUUCAUUCAGUAGCAUGAAGUGCAGCUGUUUCUAACUAGGAGCAUAACAACUGCACAUCCAGUACAGAGAGAGAGACUUCAGGGUGUGUCGAAUAGUAACACUGGAAGGCCAAGACCAACUCUCUCUUUCCCCAAGGCAGGAUCCUAUGUAUAUUGGAUUCCACAAGUUAGAACUGGAAAGAUUGUUCUCUGGCUGUAAUGGAAGCAGCUCAGAGCCAACGUAGGCUUGAUGUGAAUGUAAAUAGCAGCCAGGAGGAAGCCUGAGGACCAUGAGGGCGGGGAGGGGAGGUGGUUAAUAAGGCCCUGCACAUGCCAGCAGAUUUGGCCAGUGGAGGCUGGUGGCUCCGAUAUCAGUGGGGCUGUGAAUCAACUCCGGAUUUCAGACAGAAUCAGCCAAUACUCUAAAUGAGCUGACUGAAACCCAGAGGGGAUUCACCACCCCACUAACAUUGGAGCCAUCAGCCUUGACUGGAUUGACUUAAUUACUCCCACUGAACACAGCUUGUCAUUACAUGUGAACCUGGUGAUAGUGGAUGGCAGAGGUGAUUAACAAACCAGCCCCAAACCAUUCUCUGUUGGAGGGUUGCUAGGUGGUUUGGUACUCACCUCAGCCACUCAGCAUCGCCAGGUUCACACAUGACAAACUGAGGCCAUAUUUGUGGGUGGGGAAGCGUGGCAGAGAGAGAAAAAGUUAACCCCUGCCCUCCCUAGCCUCAUUCUCCUGAGGCUGCUCAAACUUUCUCAUGCCUGCUAUUUACAUACCAAUAAAAUUGCAUCCCUUUUGGCGGUUUGGUCAAAAUGUCAGCCCUGGUUUCCAUCUUGUGCUUUUUUGCAUUUUGAGCCAUGAGGUAAUUAUGUAGGUAACCACUCAUUAGACCUUUAGGGAUAUGAAACCCCUAUGUCGGCAUGAGAUCCACAGUAUGCUACAGUCCUGCCAGACCAUCUUUGAUUGUAGCAGGACACCAUAGGUGUGGCUGUCGCCCCUUAGAUACGUGCCACUAAGUCCCCAGCUGUAGGGUGGAAUAGCAGUAUUGCUACUUCUAAGAGCUUAGUAUAUCAAGCUCCUCUUGAAAAAUGGCCAUCCUUCAGCUAUCCCUGUUCACACAAAUGAUGGGUUUUUGUUCAACUUUGAGGGAAGUACUGACGAUUUAGUGCAGCGUUCCCUAACCUGGAGCCCUCCAGAUGUGUUGGACCAUAACUCCAAUCAUGCCUAGCCAGCACAUACAUGUCAACAUUGACUGAAGAGGGCCAUAGUUGCUUUGGUCAGUUACUUGAGGUUCUACAAUGUCUUGGGCCCUCUUGACAGUUCUGCCUGCUCUCUUGAACAGGCCUAGGCGUCGGCCAAGGCAUGAAAACAAGCACAUCACAGCUGCCUUUUCUCGCUUCCCACAUUAAGUAUCAAUUGAGGGUAAGUCUCCAAGAGGCCUGAGGCACUUCACCACAAAAAUCCCAGCCUCUUAACAGUGUCAUAACUCUGAUUAGUUCCUGAGGGAGGUAGAAAAUCUUGAGUAUGAAACAAGCACAACCAGUUUGCAGCCAGACAUGAUGAUGUCACGGCUGGUCUCUCCCCUCCCCCGCCCCCCGUUUAUGUAUUUAUAGCCACCAGCCCUGACAUCAUCUCAUAUAUAUCAGAAAAGAAAGAUGGGCCAGCUGAACUUCCAUUUCCCCAACGUGUUCCUUCUCCCAGCCUUUCCAUCUCUAUGUACAUUUGAAUGGACUCAAGUGUGAUUUGGCUAUAGAUAACUUUAGCACAGCAAGUCCCAGAUUCUUCUUAAAAGUUUCUCAAACAUUUUGAACCUUGGGGGUCAAGUGUUAAACUCUGUCCUCCUUUCCUCCCCCAAAUACAGCUCAGGCUAAUCAUGGGUGUGUGGUGAUCUUAGCAGGCAUCCUACUUCCAUACAUAGGAAUCUAUGGAUUAAAGUGAAGGGAUAUUUUAUAAUCUAUAUAUUCUAAAUGUCCCCUUUCUUGCCUGGCAUAAGGACCAAUCUGGUUGCCAACCUGGUGGCCUCCAGAAGUGUUGGGCUGUAGGUCCCAUCAUCCCCAGUCAGAAUGGACAAUGGUCCUGCUGGUUGGGGAUGCUGGGAGUUGUAGCCCAAUACAUCUGGAGGACGCCAUGUUGGGGAAGGCUGCUCUAGGGAUUGACCGAUGGAUGAUGGGAGCUGACCAACUCCUUUCUUCACUUGCUGUUUGCAUCCAACCACUUGAUAAUGGACUGACACAUCUCACUGUUUUUGUAUAUUCAGUUAUGAUGCCGUCCAUUUCACAAGUUUUCUUCCCAGUUUUCCCAUUUAUCAGGGUAUUUUUAGGUAGUAUAUUCUUCCUCCACUACUGAUGUGCUUCGUCCCAUUCUCCUUUUCCUCACAUGAUUUUAUUUAAAGGGAAUUUACUGAACAAUGUUUGGGCCAGUGAUUGGAUGCUGUCUUUACUUCUCGACAAGAGAUUCCCUUGAAUAAUUUGUUCUAGGGGGAACAUCUCUCCCAUGCUGUGUCUUGCUAAAUACUGUCUGCAAUUUGUAUGUUUAUUUAUUUACGGAAGUAAAUAUUUUCUACAGUUUAUGUGCAGGGGAUAUUAGGAUAUUAAAGUCUAUUAA